AUGGGAUGUUGCAAUUUGUUCAGGUUUUCCCGCCGAAAGGAUCGAGAGAAGCCUGGGACACCGGCACUACAAGUCGCUGUGGCCACCAGUGACGACUUCCAGGAGAAGCGGAGCAAGGAGGGGCCGAAAACCUCCUCCACGACAGAUCUACAGUCAACGAGCACCAGCACCCCAGAACUGGUAGCGGAGAGCUUACCCGGACGUCUAUGGAACCUGGCAUACGACCAGCUCAAAUCAAAGGACCCGAAAUUGAUCGAACACUAUGAGAGCAUCCUAUCAAGCCAAAUCGAUGGACAAGAGCUUAAGGCCGUGAACCUCGAUACACAGAUCAACAAGAUCAGCCUAGGGCAGCCAAGAUCACUGCAGAUGCGACAGCUCGUUGACUCUGGAUUGCUCAGGACGGAGAAGGCAGCUGCGACUAACGAAGCACUCGCGCAAGGCCUGCAGGUGUUCAAUGUCGUCAAGGAUAGCGUCGCAACAGCUACCAGAGCUUCUCCAGAAGCCUCCAUAGCUUGGGUACCGAUCUGCCUUGCCCUUGAUAUACUUAUGAAUCCACUCACCCAACAGUCCUCUAAUAGAGAUGGAAUUGCUUACGUCGUAUCGAGGAUGGAUUGGUACUGGCAUCUAGCUGAUCUUCUCCUAGAGAGAAAUCAAGAAGCCCGACGAUCGCAGCCGCUGCAAGAUCAACUCGAGAAGAAUCUCGUCGACCUUUACACUCGUCUUCUGGCAUACCAGAUCAAAAGUAUCAUUACAUACCAUCGCAAACGUGGCACUGUUUUUGCAAGAGACCUUGUCAAUUGGGAUGAUUGGGAAGGUGAGCUGGCUGCAAUAAAGGAGAUGGAAGAAUCGAUACGCCAAGAUGCAGCUCAAUUCAGCACGCAUGAAAUCCGUAACCAACUCCAAACUAUUGCGGAGAAAGCCGAGUCACAGGACAUCAGCCUGCACAACAUUGUGGUGAGUCUCCAGGAACAAACGGCGCACUCUCUGGCGUAUACGAAGAGUGUCGCGGACAACAAGUGUCUUCAAGACCUGUUCCAGACGAACCCCAGCCACGAUAAAGAACGGCUCGAAAAUGCAAAAGGGGGAUUAUUGGAUGGUUCUUUUCGUUCACCCGGUCAAGGCAAAACCAUGCUCAUGUGCGGCAUCAUUGACGCACUCGAACAAACCCUGGCGGCGGGUGAUCUCAUAUCUUACUUCUUCUGCCAGACAUCCGAACCGCGCAACAACAACGCAACGGCAGUCUUACGGGGUCUCAUCCAUCAUCUGAUUGGUCAACAGCCCUCACUUGUACGCUAUGUACGACUUGAGUAUGAUCGCGUGGGCGACAAGUUAUUUAACGACGCAAACACAUGGACGGCUUUAUCCAAGAUCAUUAUCAGUAUGCUGGGUGACUCAUAUAUACGGCAAGCGAACAUCUACCUCAUCAUAGACGCUUUGGACGAAUGCAUCGACUCGGACGAUCGUAGAAGACUCUUGGAACUGAUUGUACAGAUUUCAAGGAAGCUACCACACACCAAGUGCAUAAUCUCCUCACGCGGCUGGAACGAUAUUCGUGAUGUACUUACUGAGCAUCCUCAAAUGCUCCAUCUUCAACUCGACCCCAAAUCCGAAGCUAUACUUGAUGCGGUCGAUACCUACAUCGAACACAAAGUCAAAGCGUUGACUGAUAAGAAGAGAUUGGGUCCAUCGGAUGCCGAAGCGAUCCGCGACUACCUGAAGAAGAAUGCAGGAGGGACCUUCUUGUGGGUAGCGUUAGUCUGCAAGAGGUUGGGGUUCUCGAAACGCGUGUUCUACGAAAAGGACAUGCAGGCCUUCCCUCCCGGGCUCGAGCAACUGUAUGGAAGAAUGCUCCAGCAACUUCAGAGCUUAGAUGAGCCGGAAUCGAAGCUUUACAAAUUCGUGCUCGGGGUCGUGCUGACAUCACCAAGACCUCUUGAGACGUACGAAUUGGCCUAUCUGGUGAAAGAGCUAGACGAAGUUGGAGAUAAAGUAGAAACGAUGCGAGACAUCGUUCGAGAAUGUGGGUCAUUUCUCUCAGAGCAGAAUGACGAAGUCCUCUUUGUCCACCAAUCCGCCAAAGACUACCUGCUGGACCAUGGCAAAAGUGCUAUCGAUUGA